AUGGACGAGAAUAUCGCUCAGAAACUACGAAAUGUUCAAACGGCGGUUGAAACUUUAAAAAUUUGUCAAAAUGAUCUGUUAAGUCUUAAUACAAAUGCUGUAACAGUUGUUAAAUUUAUGCAAAAAGGUUGGCUUUUAUCAAAACCUGAUUUAAUUAUAUCUGUAACUGGUGGAGCAACAAAUUUUGAUAUGUCAACACGUCUUAGAAAGAUUUUUCAAAGUGGUUUAGUUUCUGCUACUAUUACGACGAACGCAUGGUUAAUUACAGCUGGAACAAAUGCUGGUGUUUUUAAAGAAGUUGGUAAAGCUCUUAAUAAAUAUCGUUAUAAAAAUCGAAAAAAUGAUGUUGAUAUAUCAUGUAUUGGUAUUGGUAGUUGGGGUUAUACCACAGAAAAUGAACAAGUUGAUUGUCAAUCGACAACUUUUUCUACAGAUGCGAAUACUAAAAAAGAAACACUUCCAUCCAUAAGACAUCGUCUUAGUAAAAUAACACAUCCUGCUCGUAUGGAUAAUGAUGAUCAAUAUGCAGUUCGACAUUAUACUGUUAAAGAAAAGCAAAAGAAACGAUGUGAUUUAGAACCAAAUCAUACUCAUUUUUUAUUAUUUGAUGAUGGACAAUCAAAUGCUGAUGCUGUUCUACCAUUACGAGCAGAAAUUGAAAAAUAUUGUCGAAAUACGAGCAUAGAUACUGCUACAGACGGAACAAUUGAAUCAUUGAUACCUAUUGUUAUGGUUUUGGUUGAAGGUGGUCUAUCAUCAAUUCGAACAAUUUGUGAGGCACUUGAUUCGAAUACACCAGUUGUUGUUAUCAAAGAAUCAGGUCGUGUUGCUGAUCUUAUUGCUGAAUUACAUACUUGUUAUACUGAAAGCGAGAAUGGUAAUGAUAAUGUUUAUCCUACACGACUACAAACCGGCUUAGCUCAUAGUAGUUCAAAAGAAAUAAAGAUCCAAAAGAUUUUGACUAAAGCACAAGCUACUAUUACAGGACUUCAUGAAGUUAUAGAUAAUCUAUGUCGAGUAUUAAACGAACAUAAACAAUUAGUGACAAUUUUCAAAUUUGAUAGUAAACGACAUCAUGGAAAUCUUGAAGAUGCUAUCCUAGAAUCUUUAUUUAAUGCUGCAAAAUUUUCUGAUGAUCAUAUUGAACGAAAUCAUCGAACAGCAGAACUUAAAUUACCUAUAGCUUGGCAUAAAUUUAAUUAUGCUCAAAAAUAUCUUCUUACUGAUACGACAAUAUCUAAAUGGAAAGAAGAUGAUCUACAUCGUGCUCUUGUUGAUGCACUUCAUCGUGGUCAUGUUGAUUUUGUUGAAUUACUCGUUGAAUUUGGUACAUCACUAGAAAAAUUAACAAAUGGAGAUCUUAAACAACUUUAUGCAACAACAUUGACUAAUAAUCGAUUACCAGUUAAAGGCAAAGAAAAAAAUGCUAUAUGCAGAAGAGAAGAUUUUUAUUUAGAUUAUUUUAAUUUGAUCUUAGAUAAUACAAACAAAAAUAAUAAUCUUUUAUUAUUAGAUGAUAAUAUGUCAUUAGGUAAAGAUGCUCCACAGGAAUUAUUUUUAUGGGCUCUUUUUCUUAAUCGAUUGGAACUUGCAACAUACCUUUGUUCCAAAACUUGGAAUUCAUCAGUAGCACCAUUAUUUGGUGCAUUAAUCUAUCGACGUGCAGCAAGCUCAGAACUUGACAUUGAUAUAAAACAACAAUAUGAAGAAAAUGCUGAACAAUUUGAUAUACAUGCUAUGUCGAUUAUUGAUCAAUGUUUUGAUAAUGAUGAAAAUUUUGCUAUUGAUCUUCUAAAACAGCCUGCUGUUGCAUUUAAUAAUAUUUAUCCAUUACAAUUAGCACGGAAAAUUAAUUGUAAAUCAUUUCUUGCAUCAAAAUGUGUUCAAAAAUAUCUUGAUCAUCAAUGGUUUGGAUGUAUUAGUUAUAAAAGAACGGCUAUUAAUUUUCGAGUAUUUCUUUGUUCAUUAUUUUUUCCAUUUUUUCCAAUAUUUUGUAUCUUUUUGCCUUACACACAAAAACAUAAAAAAGUUAGUCAAUGGACUAAGAUGUAUCAUUUUAUCGGAUCUGUUCAACAAGAAGAAAAAAAUUAUGUUCCAUGGUAUGAUAAAAUAAAAUAUUUCUAUGAAGCACCUAUUGUACGAUUCUAUUAUUAUAUGAUAUUUUAUAUUUUAUUUCUUGGUUUAUUCAGUUUUGUUCUUCUUGUUGAUUAUUUUCCAUUAAAUAUUUAUAAUGAAUAUCAAUCUGAUAUUCAAAUUUUACCAAUAUCGAUAACUGAAAUAAUUCUUCAUAUUUGUUUUUGGAGUUUUAUCAUUGAAGAAAUACGCCAAAUGAUAUAA